AUGGGGCCCCCCGGGUAAUAGGGGAUCAUGGGGCCCCUGUGUCCUUGCCCAAACUCAAAAAAAGCCUAUGAAAAAGGUGACCAUCACCUCAUCCACAAGUGACACUCAAUUCUCUCUCCUAAAAAUUGAUCAGGACAGAUACUACACUUGACCUUAGACAAAUGACCAGGGGACAGGGGCGGACUGACAACUCAUGGGGCCCCCGGGCAAUAGGGGAUCAUGGGGCCCCUGUGUCCUUGCCCAAACUCAAAAAAAAGCCUAUGAAAAAUGUACCAGGGGCAUCUCAUGGGGCCCCCUACUGACCCUGGGCCCUCGGGCAGUGCUCGAGUUUUCAAAUAGUCAGUCCACCCCUGCC